CAACUACCUCUACCUAGCGAUCCUUAGCAAGCGCAUCCACACGCUAUAAGUUUUGUCUUUACAUCGAUUACCACUUGGUGUGCUCCUGGACCGCCAACAGCCAGUCCCAACAAGCGCCCCACUUUUGGAUUGCAGGCGGAUGUCACGUGUAGAGGCUGGUUUUUGAAGUCAGUAUUGAUUGUACUCAUGUUAAUGUUCCGCGAACUGUUUUGUUAACCCUGUGUUUUUUAGGUCUGUAGCACGAAAACUCUCGCAUCCAUGUCGUACAUAACAGAGGCUCAACGGUGGCGUGCGUUAGCCACACGUGAUCCCAACGCCAACGGGCACUUCUUCUAUUCCGUCAAAUCGACACAGAUUUACUGCAGACCGACGUGUCCAGCGAGACUUGCGCGACGAGCCAACAUCAGUUUCCAAAAGACAAUUGCGGAGGCAGAAGCGUUAGGUUUUAGGGCAUGCAAACGGUGUAGACCGAACGUUGAGAACGAAGACCCACAAGACAAAGCUGUCGCGAAGGCAAUGGGUUUCAUCGAGGAAGCGGUGAGAAGAGGCGACGCAAAACAAUUGAAGUUGCACGAUCUUGCGAAGAAAGUCGGUCUGACACCAAGGUAUUUCCACAAGAUCUUUAAAGACAAGACCAACACAACGCCACGAGAGUACACGAACAUAGUCGCGGCGCAACACAGUAGCUCAAGCCCAUCAUCGGGGUCCGAUGCAAGCCCUUCGAAUUUGGAGAACUUCGACUGGGACACGUUCGACAUCUCUGAGCUGGCAAAAUACCAUUUCGAUUCAAAUUCGACAUUGAGCGACGACUUUAUGGUACAGGCAGCACAGAUCACAGCUGCCGGGUUUGGGGAGACCUCGAUUGAUGAGCAACCGAUACAGCCCUGGGUCAUGGGAUCACCCGACGGUGACAAUUCAGAUACCGACUCCACACUGUCAAAUGAGCAGUUGUCAAGCCUAAGUGGAUGGGACUCUACUUUUAUCGAUUUCGGACAGUAUCCAAGUACGAAACCGAUACUUAUAGAUCCGACAUUCGACUUCGAUAUCAAUUUGGCCAUGCUACUUCAGAAUGAUAUGGCAGGUACCGACUUCACACUUGAUGUGACACCAGACUUCGACAUGUCCGCUGUUUCAUCCGCACCAGCUCCACUAAGCUGACCACGCUGUGUACAAUGUAGAUCAAGAGCGCAUAUGACCAGCGCAAAAUGUGCAGGAAAUGUGUACUAGACGGAUUG